ACGAGUAAUGCAGGGGUUUAGGAGUUGAUGCUAAAUAGUGAGCUCUUGGUAGAUCUUGCUACAAUACAUACAAGAGAGGAUUUAAUGGGUCUAUCCCUUUUAUUCAACUCUGUAAACAGACUAUUUGGUUCCUGCAAUAUAGUGACCGCAGGCAAAUAGUGUCUUAUCUCUGAGAUCGUUUCCGAUACAAGAAAAUAGUGGCUAUGGGAAUCUACAUCUCGACCGCAUCGUCCAUUCGUAUGCAUAGAUCUACGUAUCUGUUUAAUCAUGUUUGAUUUGUUCUUCAUAUACGUAUUUUCGGGAUUGCUCCUGAAGCCUACAACCGACAGGCAAUGAUUCUACUUUGCAAAAUAUGAAUGUUUACUGCCGGGCAACUAUGAUCCCUGAUUCUAAACCUACGUUACAGUGUGACACAUCGGACCACCAAGCUACUCCACGGGAGAGCUAGCAUCCCGAUGGCGCGGACUGAACUAAUUAAGAACAGAGUUGUGGGUCUGUAAUCAGUUAAACGCCUGGGGCAACCAUGCGCGUGGGCUUCUGGGGCCUGCUGGCAGCAGUCAUCGUCCUCAACCUGCUGAUCAUCUACUAUGUGUCCCAUGUCCAGCACCAGAUUGAGAGGAGACGGGGGGAGCCAGGGAGGGGCUCCAGGAGGUCCCCUCUGCCUGUGUCCGGCCAGGGGGGCGGCGGGCCUGGAGCUGGGGUGGGGGUUAUUGGUGGAGGAGCAGGAGGGGGGGUCGGAGAAGGCAACACCCGUGGCCCGCGGGUCACCGUCCUCCUCCGUGAGUUUGAGGACUUUGAGAACUACGUGGGAGACGUGGCGAGGUCGUUCCUCCACCAGCGGCCCGAGCUGCCCUUCCUGGCGGUGGCCGACUCUCCUCCCUACCCUCCUCUGGCGCUCCCUGACGGGGCCCGGCUCCUGGUGCUCACCCCCAGCCCGGACCAGCCCCCGCAGGCCCACCGGCCUGAGUUCCACGUCCAGACGGAGUUCGUGCUGCUGGUUCCCGACGGCGUGGAGCUGGAGCAGGGCCGUCUGGUGGAGCGUCUGAUCCGGGAGCUGGAGGGCGAGGGCGGCGGGCCCGUGAGGCUCGUGGCGGCGUCCGUGCUCGCCCGCUCCGCCGUGCAGUGCCUCAGCCUGAGGGUGAGCCUGCGCGAGUGGACGGCCACCUACACGCCCGGCGCGUCGGGGAGCAGCGGGAGCGUGUGCACAGCGCUGCAGGGCGACGCCGUCUUGCUGAUGAGGUCCGAGGACCUCUUCAACCUGUCCGUCCCCCUGGGGCGUCCUCUGAUGACCUCGCUGUUCAUCCAGACCUCGCUGCGCGGCUGGAAGGUCAAGCUGCUGGAGAGCCCCGCCUUCGCCGCGGGCAACAGGCCGCUGUUCAGCUCUGCCCACAACCAGUGGAAGGCGGACACGCGUGUGAGGGAGAGCACGGCUCGUCUGAUGAGGGGCUUCGGGCUGAAGCGUCUGCUGCUGGCGGAUGGGAAGGAGCAGUGGUUCGGCUGUGGGAAGGAGACGCCUCGCUGCUUUGGAACGGUGAGGGACGACACGCCCGAUUACCUGUACCUGGAGCGCUGGACUCCCCCCUGCUGCCUGCGGGCCCUCCGCGAGACCACUAAGUACGUCAUCAACAUCCUGGAGAGCUCCGGGGUGCGCUACUGGCUGGAAGGGGGCACGCUGCUGGGAGCCGCCCGCCACCAGGACAUCAUCCCCUGGGACUACGACGUGGACCUGGGCAUCUACCUGGAGGACAUCCCCAACUGUGACUACCUGAAGAACCUGGACUCGGGCUCCCUGGUGGACGCGAAUGGCUUUGUGUGGGAGCGGGCGGUGGAAGGGGACUUCUACAGGGUGCAGUACAGCGAGGCCAACCACCUCCACGUCGACCUCUGGCCCUUCUACCCCCGCAACGGGGUGAUGACCAAGGACACCUGGACCGAGCACAAACAGGACGUGGAGUUCCCCGAGCACUUCCUGCAGCCGCUGGUGCCCAUGACGUUCGCCGGCGUCACCGCGUACGGACCCAACAACCACCGGGCCUUCCUGGAGCUCAAGUUUGGGGAAGGGGUGAUCGAGAACCCCCAGUACCCCAACCCAGCCAAGAAGAGGCUGGACAGGAGCAGGCUCUGAGGGAGGGAGGGGGGCUAGAGAGAGAGCCAAGGAAGGGAGGAGAGGAGGAGAAGGGAGGAGAGGAGGAACCCUCCCAAAAAGAGAGGUAGAGAGAGGAUGACAAGAGAUGGGAGAUAUGAAGCGGUAGGUGUGAGAGAGGUUGGCGUUGUCCUGAGGGCUUUUCUCCCAGCUGUGUGUGCGUGUGGGCAGGUGCAGGAGGACUCAGACGCGUCACAGAAACACAUGAACACUAUGAAAUCCUAGCGCUGUCUGGGCCGUUUCUCUAGGAGGAAGUGUGACACGAUAGCUGAAGUAACAGCUCACAUGCAGAAGGAAGUGUUAAGUGUUAUAAGUGUCAGGGUGAAGUGUUAUAAUUAUUGGGUUCUAUCAUUGUGUGUGUGUGUACCUGGACUGAGGCUUGGGGUGUGUUUUGUGUAUGUAUGUUUGUGUGUUUGCCUGGACUAAGGCUCAGUGUGUGCGUGUGAGUGAAUUCAUGUUUACGUUGCACCAAUUCACUUUAUUUGAAAUUGGCAAAAAUUGUGUUUGAUACCUUGCAGGGGGGACGUAAAUCAAAUCAGAACUGCCCCUCAACCAACCUAAACCCUCAAGGAAAACCAUGAAAAACUCACUAGAGGAAAAAAAAUUAAGAAAC